AUGGCUUCUAUGUGGCUGAUUUUCAAACCUAAAUCUACUUUUUGGUACUUCUCAUCCAUCAUUGCAUCCAUGCCACUGAAGCAGAUCAGUACUGGUAUCCUCUUACUGGUCAUGUUCAACCAGUUCUUUGUGGCACAGUUGUUGAUUGUCUUUUUCUUUUAAGGGCCAUUUCUUAAAGCAAUGCAAAUGUUUUGGUUGUCAAGCAUGCGAAACAAUGUUUUGUGCAGAUAAUUUUAAAGCGAUCAACUAGCUCUUCGGGCCUUGAAGGCCUUGGGCGAUUGGCAUUAUGAACCAGCAUUUGAGAUAUUUUACGCUGAUGCCGAUAAAUUUAAUGAAAAUGUUGAGGAGCUCUAUAAAAAAUACAAAGAUCCAGAUGUUGAUUUAAUGUUGGCCGACGGUAUCACUCAGCUCUGCACUGACAUUGAGGUGGAUCCUCAAGAUAUUGUUAUGCUGGUUUGUUCAUGGCACAUGAAGGCUGCCACCAUGUGUGAAUUUACCAAAGAGGAGUUCUCUGCUGGAUGUAAAGCUCUUGGGAUAGAUUCAACAGAGAGGUUCCGUGAGAGGCUAGAAUUUAUGCGUUCCGAGCUUAAAGAUGAAAAAAAGUUUCGUGAGAUCUACAACUUUGCUUUUGGUUGGGCAAAAGAGAAGGGUCAGAAGACUUUGGCACUGAGUACGGCAUUAGGGAUGUGGCAAUUGCUCUUUGCGGAAAAGGAUUGGCCGUAUAUGGAUGAAUGGUGUGAAUUUAUACAGGAGAAGUAUGGUAAAUCAAUUUCUGAAGACCUCUGGUCACAACUACUGGAAUUUUCAUCGACGAUAGAACCUUCACUAUCGAACUAUGAUGCUGCAGGUGCUUGGCCAUUCCUUAUCGAUGAUUUUGUUGAGUUCUUGAAUGAGAACGAGAUACCUCAAAAAAAGUCGGCUGGGAAUGGAGUACCUCAAAAGGAGGGGGCCGAAACUCCGAAAGAGGAGGCUGAAUGAUCGAGCCAGAAAUAGUGAUGGAUAGCUGAAGUUUUGGUAUAUGUUCAUUUACUUUCUUAGUACUACUGAGUUGUUUGUGACAUGAUUAAACUCUGUUUUAUCUUCAGAUGUAAAAUUGACAAUUCAAUGAAAAGAAAAAACUUGGAUUGAAUUAUAUAUAUAAAACUCCAGUGCUCUGAUUGACACUCUC